AAAGCUCAACGCAUCAAAAUCUGAAACAGAGUUUAGUCAGAGAGAGAGAGAGAGAGGAACCUCAAAACAGAGGAAACAUUGUAUGCAUGAUACUAAGAAAAUGGAGCCUGCUGUUGUGUUUAUCUAAUUUAACUUCUUAUUCGUUUGCAGUCGUUGUCUUUUACUUAUUUUAUUGUCAUCAGAGCUACAGACAAGCACUUCCUUUUAUGCCUGCCUAAGUUAAAAAAAAAAAAAUUAAGCCAUUCACCGUUCAUCGUUUCCUCCUUCUUCAUCUUCCCAAAACCACGUCGUUUUUAGCUUAUCAUUCAAAGAUGUGAGCAGAAAUGAUUGUUGUAUUGGUUGUUGGUGAGUUUAGUUGAGAAAUUUUUCUUUGUUUGAUUAUUUUAUUGAUCGGAGCAUGGCUGUGGUGAGUCCGGUGCCUGUAAUAGCGCAAGGUGUGAAUUCGAUGAGGUUUCACGACGUCAGAGCUCCGGGAAUCAUGUCGGGUCGAAGAGAAAUCACGGAGGAACCGGUGGCGCGUGUAAUUGAGGAGAAAAUCUACGUGGCGGUUGGCAAAGAUGUGGAAAGAAACAAAUCAGUUCUAUUCUGGGCUUUGCAAAAUUCCGGAGGAAAACGAAUUUGCAUACUCCAUGUUCACGAGAAAGCUAAGAUGAUUCCACUUACAGACAUGGGUACAAAAUUUCCAGCUAGUAAACUCAAAGAACAGGAAGUCAAGGCAUACUGGGAGAUUGAAAGACAAGAAAUGCAGAAGAACCUGGACAAAUACCUUCUGCUUUGUCUCCAAAGCGGGGUGCAAGCAGAGAAGCUAUACAUUGAAAUGGACUCCAUUGAGAAGGGAAUUUUGAAAAUGAUAUCGGAGAAUGGGAUUCGGAUGCUUGUAAUGGGAGGAGCAGCAGACAAACAUUAUUCAAAGUACAAACCACAUAAGAAAGCGGUGGAUCUCAAGUCCAAGAAAGCCAUCGCUGUGCGUGAACAUGCUCCUGCCUCUUGCCACACAAUAUGGUUUCUCUGCAAGGGGCUUCUCAUCUACACAAGGACAAUAAGUUUAGAUGUAACUGAUACAGAGAAUGCAUCAUCAUCAUCACUGCCAGCAAGUUCAAACUUUGAAAAUCACUUCAGGUCACGGUCUGUUAUACUGCUACAAACUAGUCAAGUAAAACCCUCUACUUGUACACCAGAUUCACUGCAUAGAGUGAGAUCUGAAAAUUUUUAUGGGCGUGCGGGAAGUGUAUUUGGUUCUACUUUCCCUGGUGGUAAUGGAGGGCUAUCAACUCCACAGAGAAGAUCUGAUGCAGAAGGGAGUUCUGAUGAAUCGGAUGGUUUAUCCAGAAGAAGUCCUCGGAGUUCAGUUCUGUCAUCAUCCUCUUCCAGCGGAAUGGCUGAUGCAGCUUUGGUCCCAUAUAUGGGACCUGAGUUGAAUGAAAGUGGAUUAGAAUCUAUUGCAAUGUCUCAGGCUAAAGAGAAUUUUAAUAUGUCAUCCUUUCCCAGUGUUCUGAAUGGAGCUAUAGAUAAUACUCUUUACGAUCAACUUCAAAAAGUAAUGGCAGAGGCAGCAGACUCAAGAAGAGAAGCAUUUGAAGAGGCAGCCAGGCGUGCAAAAGCUGAGAAAGGUGCUCUUGAAGCUAUACGCAGGGUCCAAGCAUCGGAAUUCUUGUAUGCACAGGAGUUAAAACAAAGGAAAGAAUUUGAGGAAGCAUUCACAAAAGAAAAGGAGCAACUUGACAAGAUGAAGAACCAGCGAGAUGAGGUUAUGGUAGAACUUCAAGAGGCCUUGGAUCAGAAAUCAUCACUGGAGAAACAGAUUGUGGAAUCUGAAAAGGUGGUUAAGGAGCUCGAAGAGAAGAUAAUCUCAGCCGUUGAACUUUUGCAGAAUUACAAGAAAGAAAGAGAGGAGUUGCAGAUGGAGCGAGACAAUGCACUCAAAGAGGCUGAAGAGUUGCGGAGAAGUCGAGCUGAGACCUCAGGUGCACAUAUGCCUCAGUUUUUCACUGAGUUCUCUUUCUCCGAGAUUCAGGAAGCAACUCACAACUUUGACCCAUCCCUUAAGGUUGGGGAAGGGGGAUAUGGGAGCAUUUAUAAGGGUCUCCUGCGCCAUGCCACUGUGGCCAUCAAAAGGUUGCAUUCUCAUAGCUUGCAAGGCCCAUCAGAAUUUCAACAGGAGGUGGAUGUUUUGAGUAAGAUGAGGCAUCCAAAUCUGGUCACGCUAAUUGGAGCCUGUCCUGAAGCUUGGACUCUUAUUUAUGAAUAUCUUCCUAAUGGAAGUCUUGAAGACCGACUUAACUGCAGGGACAAUUCGCCCCCUUUAUCAUGGCAGACACGAAUCCGUAUAGCUACUGAGUUGUGUUCUGUUCUUAUAUUCCUUCAGUCUAGCAAACCUCAUGGCAUAGUGCAUGGAGAUUUGAAACCUGCAAAUAUUCUCCUUGAUGCCAACUUUGUUACUAAAUUGAGUGACUUUGGAAUCUGUCGUCUGGUGAACAAUGAUACAACUGUAUGCUGCAGAACUGACCCCAAGGGUACUUUUGUAUACAUGGAUCCAGAGUUUCUCGCAACAGGCGAACUUACUCCAAAGGCCGAUGUUUACUCAUUUGGAGUCAUAUUAUUACGGCUGUUGACAGGAAAACAGGCCUUGGGUAUAACAAAGGAAGUGCAGUAUGCGUUAGAUAAUGGAAAUUUGAAAAACCUCUUGGAUCCUUUGGCUGGAGAUUGGCCAUUUGUGCAAGCUGAGCAAUUGGCUAACCUAGCUUUGAGGUGCUGUGAGAUGAACCGAAAGAGUCGCCCAGACCUUUCAACAGAUGUGUGGAGGGUGCUUGAGCCAAUGAGGGCUUCUUGUGGAGGCUCAUCCUCAUUACAGCUGGGUUCUGAAGAGCAUUGCCUACCUCCUUGCUAUUUUAUCUGCCCCAUUUUUCAGGAAGUAAUGCAAGAUCCUCAUGUAGCAGCCGAUGGUUUCACCUAUGAAGCAGAGGCUUUGAGAGGUUGGCUUGAUAGUGGUCAUGAUACCUCACCCAUGACUAACGAUAAGCUAGCACACCGCAAUCUUGUCCCUAACCUUGCUCUACGCUCUGCCAUUCAGGAGUGGCUGCAACAACACUAAAAUACAGUACUAUCAUUUUCCCUUUUUGAUUCAACAUAUUGUUUAUUGUUUAUAGUUGCAUCGUAGGUAGCCAAAAGGUAAGAAAAACCAGCAAAUUGUCUUGUACAUAAAUUUGUAACCCUUUUUAUAGGUACUUGUCCUUCGGGAUUUCAGACCUUGCAGUCACACUAUAACAUCAUCCAUUGUAUUCGUAUAGAGGAGAUUGGUUGUAUGUUAGUGAAAUAAAAGCAUCCAAUAUUAAA